AUGCGUUCCUGCCUACCCUCGCCUCGGCUGUUCGCUCGCCUACGUGAGCAAAUCUGGCGAAACCAGCACGACAACUUGACAUCUUCUUCUACCGAUAUGGAAGUUACAAAAAACUUCAUAGUCAGAGACAGAAGACUCAAGAUGUGGCAUGGUUUCUGCGGCAUCUUGUUGAUUGCAGUCAUCUACCUCACCAGUGACUUGCUCAUCUGGGGGUUAAGUCGGGCUCUUGCACCAGCAAAUGCCGAAUUCCUCUCCUCCGUCUUAGGUAUGCUACUUGUUUUCGUCGCUAUGAUGAUUCUAUACGCCAUCAUACCCAGCUUGGACGGGUUUUACGAAAAGCAUCUCAAAGCCAAGGUCGACUUUAUCAACCGGCAUAUGGGUGCAGCUUUUGCAAUACCCAUGGUAAUGGUGGCAGGAGACUCCAAGAUGCCCCUCAAGACCAUUGCCUUGGUGAUCGGGGUUUUCGUGGCGAAUUCGCUCGUGGGAUGGACUAUCGUCUUUCUGGUAGCCAAAUUGACACAUUUCAUCACCAAGAGGACUGUUCAAUUACUUCGUCCGGCUGCCCGAACGGAUGCCGGUUUUCGAAUGGUUGAAAAGACCUCCAGCCGCAACAUAGUCGCGCAGCAGCACUCUGAUAGCUUCACGAGCAGCGAUUACUGCGAAGCUGCUUCUCUGCGCCAGUCUCUAAUUUGGUAUUGGAUUUGUGAAUUAUGGCCCGUCGCUCUCUCGCUGCUGGCCGGAAUCACCGUUGGCUUGCCCAUCGCCGUUGCUGUUGGGGAUCCUCGAAUUGCUGACGGCUGCGCCCUUUGGUUUUUUUGGAUCGGUUCAGUCACUCUACAACGGGUUAUGAAGCAACAAGCAAAGAAUCACGAAAGAGCACCUAGAACUCUUGGAAUUCUGGCCACGCUAGCCAACCCAGUCAUGUUUACAAUUCUCCUCAUGAUGGCCUACACCCGCGCAAAGGCAUAUUCCAUGUCGAUCAACAUCUCCGAGGUCCUCUACAAGCUCAGUAGCGGACUCCAGCUAUACACAGUGUGGUCUCUUGGCGCCGAACAGAGCCCUGAAUCUGGGCAUCAUUGGUUUGGUGCCGGCGAUGCUGCACUGUCCAUGCUUGGCUGCGGCUUCGUCGUCUGGGGCUUCAAGCUCUUUGAGUGCCGCCGCCAGCUUUUCAGCGCUUCCGGCAUCGUUACCAUCUUUGUGAGCUUGGUUGUUGCCGUUGGUAAUGUGUUCUUGGGCACUUACGCAGGAUUGCUCAUGGGCCUCGAUCGACCAGAGGCCCUAGCCUGCGCAGCCCGAAUGACGACGUUGGCUUUGGCCAUCCCAGCCAUGAAGAAUGUCGGGGGUAAUACAAGCCUCACCGUCGCGCUCAUGAUAACCAACGGCAUCCUCGGCCAGCUUGUUUACCCUCAAUCUCUCGACGGCACGAAGGCUGGCCACAACCAGCUGAAGCGCAAGACGUCGACGGAUAGCUGCGAGUCCACCGAGACAGUCAUGCUGAGCCCCGCCGUCUUGCCGGCAGAUGAGGGCGACGACCAAGUGGACAGCACCGACACUGUUGCCGCGGGUAUUGCCAUUGGCAUCAACGGCGCAGCCAUGGGCGUGGCGUACCUGUACGAGCACAAGUCCCGCUCCGCCCCGUAUGCUGCGCUCGCUAUGACCACGUACAGCGUCGCGACAGUUAUAUUCAUCGCGAUUCAACCCUUUAAGGAUGCGCUGCUGAGGUUGGAGUAA